GUGACCCGGAAGUUCCGGCGGCGCUGCCCGUCAUGGCGGCGCGGGCGGCGCUGGAGGCCGCGGCGGUGUCGCGGGACGUGGUUCUGUUCCAGCACGACCGCAGCCGCUUCUUCCGCCUCGUGGGGCUCUUCUGCGCGGGCCAGGGGCUCUUCUGGACCUACCUGGCGCAUUUCGCCUUCACGUCGCUGCGCCCCACGCCAGCGCCCGGGCCCGGGCCCGACGAUCCGCUGCGACCCCGCGACAACAAGUGGCGCUUCGGGUUCACGGCGUCGUGCCUGACCGUCGGCUCGCUGGUGGUGGCCGCGGGCUGGCUGCUCCCGCUGCGCUCGGUGCGCCGGGUGACGCUGCUGCGGGGCGGCACCGAGGUGACCAUCGGCACCCACGGCCCGCUGGGCUUCGGCCACCGCUCGCUGACCGUGCCGCUCCGGGACGUGUCCGGCCGCGCGCACCGCGCCGAGGUGGCCGCCGCCAUCCCCAUCAAGGUCCGCGGCCACCCCUUCUUCUUCCUGCUGGACAAGGGCGGGCAGCUCAGCGACCCCCGGCUCUUCGAUGUCACCGUGGGCGCCUUCCGCAAGUUCUAGGCUGGGACGGGCUGGGGACACGGCGGAGUUGUCACCUGGUGUCACCUGCGGAGGUCGGGGGGCACGGAGGGGCUGGCACUUGUCACCCUCAGGACUGUGAGACACGCACCCGACUCGGGGGGGCACGGCGGGAUUGUCACUUGUCACCCCCAAAAUAAAGUGUGAAAAACC